AUGUCCUCCUCACGACCACAGGACUCUCAGGCCUCUUCUUCGCCGCACUCGCCCGAUUUCCCGAGCAGGCCGCAACCCCCGGUGUCGUCACCGUCACCGGCACUGAGCGAGGGCUACCCGUCCUGGCUCCCCCAGCGGCCUCCGCCCCCGGAACCGCACUCGACCAUCCAGUCUUCCACCGGAAACAUGUUCGCGAGUGCAGCAGCGACCAGCGGCGCGGGCACGAGCAGCACCGACGCGCCGGCAGUCCCCGAGCCCAGCGCGAGCGUCCCGCCGCUCUGGGGCGGCCGCAAGCCGACGCCGCGCAGCGUGCGCAUCGUCAAGACGCGCGAGCCGACAGACCAGACGCGCGUGGCGACCGCUACGCCCCGCGUAUGGUCCCGCGCGACGGCGCCUACGCUCGCGGCGCGCACUAUGCGCGUCAGCCGCCCGCGCUUCCGCACGCCGGGCUUGCACCCCGAGCUCUUGCGCGACCCGUCAUGGCUCUCCCGGCUACACUUCUUCCUGUUUCCGCUUCUCGUUUUGGCGCACGUCCCGCUUCAGACGUUCUUCGAUUUCAACGUCGCCUUCGUUCUCGUCGAGAUCGCGAAGUUUCCUAAUCCCGUCGCAGCCGGUGUGCCGGGCUCGGGAAGCGGAUGGGCGCUUGCGGCUGCGGCCUAUGUCGCUUGCUGGUUCCUUUGGUUAUUUGGUGUCUUCUUGGGCUACGAGUUGAUAUACUCGUUUUUCCGCCGGUGGCGAUAUCGGCGUCCGACUAUCAUGCCGCUAUACCUCUCUUCGCCCGCUUUCAACUUCGUCUGCAUGACCUCGUACAACAACUUCUGCUUCUUCCAGCACAUCCGCGCCGCCGCAGUUCCACACGGCCGCUCACACGCCGUGCUCCCCUCAGCCGAAGGCGCCUGGCGCGACGCGCUCUCCGAGACAUUCUACUUCUACUCGCAGAACCUGCCCACCGUCGCGCUCCUGCUUCCCCGCGCCGGCAUCACUCUGGCUGUCCUACUCGAGUUCUGGUCGCCCAGGCUGCUUCCCGACGGCCAGUCGCUCGCGAACAUCAGCUCUGCGGUCAGCAUGCGCGACGGUACAUUCUUCGACGCGAACACCGGUGGUCUAUCAGGCUACGCCAAGGGCGUGCUCGCAACGAGCGCCGCAUGGGCCGCAUGGCGCAUUCUCGUGCUGCUGAUCAGCUGGCUCGGCUUGUGGAUCUUCAGCGGGUUCGGAUGCGGCGGCUUUUGCGGGCCCGCGACGCGGUGGGAGGAGGAGGAGAACGUGCGCGCGGCGUCGGUGUAUAGCGAGAAGGACGUCGAGGCGGAUAACGAGAUUCCGUGGGCGUGGAAGGAGUGUACGGCGUUGAGGAUCCAGGAGGCGUAUGAUUUCUGCUUGACGGUGCAGAGGCCGGUGUCUAUGGUGCGCAAGGAGGCGACGGAUGUUACGGCCGAGCAGGACGCGCUCGAUUCGGAGGGUGUUAAUCGUGUACUUGCCGCUGUUGGGCUUGCGCCUCCUGCCGCUCAACACCCUUCGCGUCGCCCGAUGCUCUCGCAGGACCUAUUCGAGAGUCCCCCGCAUGACGACGUGGAUGUAGAGGCGCAGGAGGAACAUCCCGCCGAGGGCCCAUAUCCGUUCCAGGGCUUCGGUCAACAUCGGGACUCGUCGUCGUCGCAGCAAGUACCGUUCCCGCCGUCACCCGGUCAAACUGGUGAGGGCGAGCAUGAGGGUGAAGAGGGCGAGGAGGAGUACGAGGAGUACGAGGAAGAGGAGAGCGUCGAGCCGCGCACUAGCCAGGACGUGCCGUCUUCCGGACGCGCGUCGAACUCGAUGUCCAGCCUCGGUCAACCCAUACCCGGCCGCUACCCCUUCACGUUCCGCCACCCCGCCUCGCGCGGCGGUAGCGUCUCCUCCAUGGGCGCGUUCUCGGCGGCUACGCGGUCGCACCAUACACCGCAGAGCAAGAGCACGUCGUCCAAGACCCACUCCACCGGCGGCUCGCGUAUUUCGCGCUCGACUGGCAACGCGGAAAGCUCAGAUUCGCCUGCCAGUCACGUCGGCGAUUCAUCGGGCGCACCCAGUCCACAGGGCAUGAAUGCCCAUAUCCCUAUGCCGCCUCGCCACCCUGCUCCGCGUGCUGGUCGUGGGCGCGCUGGCACCGUACCCAUGCCCGUGUCACCUUCACCUGCCUACUACGGUCGCGCCCGUGCCGGUACGCAUACGACGAGUGCGGAGAGCGCAACCGAUCUCGAGCCCAGCAUCGUCUACGAAUCCGAGUUCGAGGAUGGCGUCGUUGGCACGCUGGAUCUCACCGGUAUGACUGGUAGUCUCGGUCGAAGGAGUGUGCGCAGCGGUACCGGCGCAAGCCUCAGCGCUGAACAGCGCACGACCGGUACCGCUUCACCUUCGCCCGAGUCCAUCCUCGCUCUCGAGCGCGAGGGCGAAGACAGCGUCGGUCUUCUCUCGGCUGGUCCCAGCCCGCGCGGAUCGAGCGUCGGCCUCCGCUCGCGCAAUUCGAGCGCUGGUUCACAUUCACGCUCGCGCAGCGGCUCCUCGCGCUCUCGACAUGGCUCACAUCAAUCUGGUCGCUCUCGUCACGGCUCGCACCUCUCGGUCUCCUCCGCUGGCAUCGGCAUCGGCACUUCGAACUUCCGCGCGCGCACGACGUCCCUCAUCCACAGCAUCGGCUCGGCGUCGCGUUCAAGUCUCGAGCGUGUACGCUCCCGCGCGCAGAGCCUCGUCCGUAUCGAGGAUCUCGACGAGCGCUCGAGUGCGUCCUUCGAGCGCGAGCGUCGUGCGCGUGAGGGUGCCGGUUCGCCGUAUAUGUCGGAGGCUAGCGAACGCGUCAGUUCUCCGGAGAACUAUACAUUCGGUCAACGACUUGCGGGCGCGGGCGGCUUGCACAAUACGCGGCCGCGCGCGCCUACGGAGUCGAGCGAGGACCCGCGCUCCGACGUUGAUGGCGAGGCUGAGGCGGACGUUGAGGCUGCAGGGUCCGGAUCCGUCUCGGCGGCGCACUCCCAGCCCGCGCAUAGCCUGCGUGAAGCGUCGUCGAACGUUAGCGGUGGCUCGCGUCCUGAGUCGUUCUCAGAGCAGACUGUCUCCGUCCGCAUUCAGCCCUCGGACGAGGAGCGCGAACCGCAGACACCCGUCGUCGAUAUUCCUGGCCGCCAGCAGCAACAGAACCUCGGUCUGCAGAUCCCCGGUCAACAACGCACUGGCAUGGGCGUGCGCGCCAGCAACGACAUGCUCGGUUCCGCGGCACCAUCGUUCAUCACGCAGCCCACUAUCAUGACCCAGCAGACCGACUCCAGUGGCCGUACGCCAUCGUCUUGGGGCGACGACGACUACAUGCGCGGCAGCGCCUUCAAGCCGCGUUAA